UUGGCGGUGGUUUCUCGGCUCCACCACCCGGACCACAAACCCUCCAGCCCCCGUGCCCUGGCCGGAGAUCAGACGAGGUGGGAGCCGGCCAGCUGUCCAGGGAAGCAGAAGCCUCACAAGGAGGUGCCCCAGGCACGAGACAGCUGAGUAAUGGCCUCUUCCGAGCCCGAGGGUAGGCCGGUCAGGAGCUUACCGUUUUUCCUAGAGGGGGAGGCGGUGCUGACUUUCCAAGGACCCAAGAUGCGCGUGGCCCAGUGUAUCUGGGUGGCUGUGGAGAACAAUCAAGUCAAAUACCUAGUCUGUUAUCCAUCUGAGAGCACAAGCAGUCCAGCCAGGAGAGGGGCUGUGGCCUAUCCCAGUGCGCACCUCUGGUGGCCCCCGUUAUCUCCGACUGGGCCCGCUCCAGGUGGCCCAAGGUUCUGGUCUAACCACAGCGGCAGCCAAGGCAGGGCCAUGCCCCUGGGAGCUCCCAGUGAGAGCAGCUACAGACGUUCCAUAACUCUGGGAAGAGGGGACAGCAGCCUCAGAAACUUGGACCCUCUGCCUGUUGUCCCCAAGAUGUUCUCUAAAGAACCGCUCUACCCCGUUGCCCCCUUUGGUUGGGACUAUGAGUGGAUCCCCGAGGGCAGCGUGCUCCGGUACUCUGCUGCCUACAUGGAGAGGGACAGAUAUGCCUAUGUCCUCCUCCAGAUAGCUGCUGAGAGGAAGCAGCACGGUGAACGCCCGGUUACUGCCUCCUGGGGCAGCGACCAUUGCAACCCAAGCGAAGGCGGUAUCGCUGGGGGUUCCGCGGCACAACAACCAAGCCCAAGCCCGGAAAUAGUUAGGGCGUGUGCUCAAGGGAGAGGAAAUAGGCCAUGGAGAGACGGGGAUGCUACUACAGAGCCAGAAAAAAAAUCCCUGGGCAGACAGGAAGUCCAGGUCCACCUGCCCAUGGUCCUGAGGUCCCUGCUAAUACAAGAUUGGGAGCUGGUGACCCUCGAGAAAAAGCUCUUUAUUGUGCCUGCCAGGAAAACGGUAGCUGCCAUCCUGAUUGAGUAUGCCACCUUCCAGCCAAACCACCACUCCAGCGACAAGAAGUGUGCCAUCAGUGGACUGGUGGCUUUGAUCAAAGAGUACUUUGACAUGGUGCUGGGCACCCAGCUGCUCUACAGUUUUGAGAGACCUCAGUAUGCUGAGGUCCUGGCCCAUUAUCCCACUUGUCAGAUGUCCCGGAUCUAUGGCGGUAUUCAUCUGCUACGCCUACUCCCACAGAUGGGCUCCGUGCCUGCUUGCUCUCCUCUGAAUGAGGGCAGCCUCAAUGUGCUAAUGAGCCAUUUGCAAGAUUUCCUGGAGUAUCUGGCCGGGGAUCCUUCUCAGCUAUUUACAGCAGCCACUGAUUACCAGGUGGCUUCUGCUGAGUACCAGCAAAAAGCUAAUUAAAGGCUUGGUGGUCUUGGCUCCUCCCGGAUUAGCAUUUCUUGGAGCCAAUCUAUUGAGUCUAUCAGUCCAUAUCUUGCCAAAAUGAUCUGUUCUUGUAUUGUGCUUGCAAUGUUUCAGGGUUGAUGUUUGUUC